CGCAGAGCCAUGACUGUUGGAAACCUCAUUUUUCCGGAUACAUAUUUCCUAGUGGUUGGAGAGGAGAGGAAGUAGAAACCAGUUCAGUAAAAUGGCUGAUCAAGAACAGCGAGUAUCACCAGACCUUCCAUGGUCGGUCAACCUUUUCCUCUCUAUGCUCUCCUUCGCCGUCGACAUCUCUCGCCGUUCAAACAUCACCGUCAACCGUCGUCUCAUGAGCUUCUUCGACUUCAAAUCCUCACCCUCCAAAAAACCCAUCAACGGCGUCAUCUCCUCGGACGUCACCGUCGACGCCACGCGAAACCUUUGGUUCCGUCUCUUUACUCCCACCGUCAAACCCGAAGAUGGCACCGGCGGCGCCGACCCACUUCCUGUGAUCGUCUACUUUCACGGAGGAGGCUUUGUUUUCAUGGCCGCCAAUUCCAAAGUUUACAAUGACUGGUGUCAACGGCUGGCGCGAGAGGUCCGCGCCGUUUUCGUUUCCGUCAAUUACCGGCUCUCGCCAGAACACCGUUACCCAUCCCAGUACGAAGAUGGCAUCGAUGUCUUGAAAUUCAUCGACGCGACGCUCGAUUCCUCAAUUCCCGUCGAUUUAAACCGGUGUUUCCUCGCCGGAGAUAGCGCCGGAGGCAACAUAGCGCACCACGUGGCGAUCAGAGCUAACGAUCAUGAAUUCAGCAAGCUUAAUGUGGUUGGGCUGAUAUCGCUGCAGCCUUUUUUCGGCGGAGAAGAAAGGACGGAGCCGGAGAAGAAGCUGGUGGGAUCUCCGUUGGUGUCGAUGGAGCGUGCGGACUGGAUGUGGAAGGCGUUUUUGCCGGAGGGAUCGGACCGGGACCAUCCGGCGGUGAAUGUGUUUGGACCCAGAUCGGCGGAUCUGUCGCCGGUGAAGUUUCCGGCAACAAUAGUGUUUGUCGGAGGAUUUGACCCGUUGAAAGAGUGGCAGAAGAGGUACUACGAAGGGUUGAAGAAGUGUGGAAAAGAGGCCCGUUUGGUGGAGUACCCGAAAGCCAUUCAUUCGUUUUAUGCAUUUCCUGAGUUUCCUGAGUCGUCUCUGUUGAUCCAGGAGGUGAAGAAUUUCAUCGGAAGCCAUUGAUCUUGUUGUAAAUGAGACGAAUAAACUAAUUAUUUUCGUGCUCUUUGGGUUUAAUUUGGCUGUCGAAUGCGAGUUUUUUAUGUCUUUUUUCUUUUUUCUCCCUCUUUUGACUGUUUGAUGGAGGGUUCAGGGGGGGCAGACAUUUAUUGGCGUUACUUUCUUUGCAGUUUUCUUG